AAUUGUACAUUACUGUAAUUUAAUGAAUGCGUUAAUGAUUUGACCGCAAUUUUCAUUUGCAGCUAGCAAAUAUGUGCAAGUACUGAUCAAUUUGUCGUAUGAAAAUGAUAAAAUGUAACUGAAAAAUAUAAGGUUAUGUUCUUACUUGCCUAUUUGCACAUAGCGGUUAUAAAAUAGUCAUUUUAUAUACCUAUUGUAUGUUGUACGAUGUAAAUGUUAUUUAAUUAUGUAUGACAAUGAUUUAUACGUGAUACUAAUUGAUUAAAUUGAUUAAACGCAGGCAAAAUUCUAUAUUUUCGCUGUACUUUCUGCACCGAAGAUGCCGAAAUCGAAGGCUUACGUAUCCGACAGCGACGAUAGCAGCGAAGAGGAAGUGAAACAUACCAAGAAGAAGCAAAAGAAGGAAAAGGAGACGGAAGAGAAGGCGGUGUCCAGUAAAACGACGAAAUCGGAGAAUGAGGAUACCAUUUGGGACUUGGGCAAUAAUCGUCAAGUAAAUGUGAGGAACUUCAAGGGCAAAUAUUACGUGGAUAUUCGUGAGAUGUACUUCGACAAGGAUGGCGAUUUGAAACCUGGCAAAAAAGGAAUCUGCUUAACCAUGCAACAGUGGCGGAAGUUCAUGGAGGUUGUGGAGGAAGUCGAUACAGUGGCGAAGGCAAAGUGUUAGAGUUCCAAUUUUUAUUUACUGUAUAAAACGUUCAUAUUUUUAAUUUCAUUUAUGUUUUGAAUUUGUGAUUUCUCUAUUUACGAUAGAGCGUUGGGAGCUAACCGUCCCAGUCUCUUUCCUGUCCCGUGUCUUGAAAGAGUAACUAUUAUGUUUUUUUUUUUCAAUAUCUGAUUACAACUGUAACUUAAAAUAUCAGGAGAAUGUUCCUUCAGAAACAAUACUUAUAUAACAAUACUUAUUUAUUUGUAUAACGAAUAAAGAAAAUAUUUUGAUUUGGGAGAAAAAAGUA